GUUUUCACCACCCAGGACUCCUUUUGAAGGGUUUAGCCAUCACAAAACUUGCCAUGUGACCCAGUUAGGGCCCAAUUCUCCCCAUUUAACUUGUAGCUGUCAGCAUUGGGGAUUUGGACUCUGACUGAAGGAUUGACCCCCCGAGCACUGUCUUAGGAAUGCCACCAACCAUGUUCAAUAGUAGACACAAAGCUGCUGUUCGAGGCCAAAGGGUACGAGCCGUCAUCGCAUGCGAGUUCUGCCGCCAAAAAAAGCUCAAAUGCAGUAACGAUCGUCCAACCUGCCAGCAAUGCCAGGCCCGUGGAAGAGAUUGUACCUACGUGGAAACCCUCAAGCUCCCUCGGCCAUCUAAGGCGCGCAUAUCCCGUUUGGAGGAAGAAAACAGACGUCUCAAAGAUUCACUGGCCAAGUUCGAGCAGCAGUUGAGGUCCCAGCGAGUUGACGAAGCACCUGAAACACAACAGCCAAUGGUGUCUGUAUCCCUGUCACACCAACUGGUGUCAGGGUCUACACCAGAAUCAUGUGAUGGAUCAAGAAGAAGAAAAGAGAGCGUGGCUCCCCACAAUCUGAAUAAUCCGCCAUUAGAUUCCCAGCCCGCCAGCCAGGUCGACACUGUUGCGCAAUCACAUGGACCGACAAGUGCGGUCACUGAUGAAAUCACUUCAAACCUCGGCAUGAUGGCUAGAGGGCUUCCUCACCAUGUCGAGGAACCGGAAGCCCUCCGAAAUGCCUUGUUUGCAAACUCAGCCAGGCUAAGUCAGUUGGAGAAAAUCCACUUCAGUGCCGGCCAAUAUGAUUUCGAUGGGGUGGAACCUCAGGUCGCAAUGCGUCUCUUAUUGCUGUUCUGGGACCGCCAGCUCGACGUCGGUGCGGUUGUUUAUAGACCUGUCUUCAUGAGAGACAUGGCAUGUAAUGGGCCAUACUUCUCUAAGCUGCUUCUCAAUGCCAUAUACUUCACCGCCUCAAAAAGCUGUUGCCACGAGGAAGUUUUCGAUGAUCGAAGCGACGCGCUGACAGCCGGUCGAAUAUUUCGGCGACGAAUCAUGGAACUGAUCGGUGGUCAUAUUACCACUAGCGAAAUACCUACAGUGCAAGCUCUUCUUUUACUCUCUCAUGCUUUAUUCAACUGGUGUGAUGAGAAGAGUCUGUCGUGGCUAUACUCUGGCAUGGCUUUCAAUAUGAUCACCGAUUUAGGCAUACACGCCAGCCAUAGCGCGGAUCCGAGGGUCGGCAGACUGACCCCCGAAGAUAUCGAAGCCAGACAGAGAGUAUUCUGGGGUGCUUACACCAUCGACAAGUUCUUGUCAUUAUAUCAGGGAAGGUGCAUUCGUUUGCGAGAUGCUGACACGAGCUUACCUCUACGGUUUCUCGACGAAUAUGAAGAGUAUGAGACAUUGCACGCAUCGUCAUCCUAUGCGAGCGCCAAUGGAAUUUCCGACCCCCCUGCCCAUAACAUCUCAAUCCUGAAAGGUUACUGCUCUCUUUCCAUCAUUAUGUCUGGCAUCCUGGACACUCUAUACGCAGAGCGCAGCACCACCAAGGAGCCAUCCAUUCUCCUUGAUGCCUCAUCAUCCCUAUACCACCAGCUCCAGAGUUGGCUCAAGGCUGUCCCACCCAUCCUGGCGACUCCAUUGUUGCAGAUGCCUAGCAGGACUGCGUCGCCGCAUAUCCUUUCGUUGAGGGCAUUAUACCAUACAUUGGAAAUCCUUCUUCACCGUCCAUUUGUGUCCGAUGGGCAUCUGCGCGGUGUGUCAUUGUCAGCCGCGUCGGUAGCAUUCAACACGUGUGUCUCUGCAGCUGUUUCAAUAGACCACAUACUCUGCUGCUACGGAAGAGCAUUUUCGAUGAGAUUGGCACCAUACAUUAUAUCAUACGCAACGUACGUAAGCGCCACAAUUCAUGCCAGGGUGGCUGCGCAGAGCGCCCCAGGAUCCCAAGCCCAUGCUUCGCUCCGGAGGUGUAUUUCGACGCUCAGAGAGCACCAGGAAUCAUCACUAGGGCCCAAGAAAGCUCUGGAGGUAAUUCAGAAUCUUAUCAAACGCAUCCGUAUUAACAUAGACGACAACUACACUACUGCCUCGCCCAGUAACGCGACCCCAGAAGACUCUGCAACUAUUCCUGAAACAUGCGGUGUAUACCGUGACUCAGAUAGGCGCAACACAGACUCCAGUGCAGGUCCGUCCCAGAUCUGUACUCCGAAUGAGGGAUCUAUUAUGCCUCCGGAGACACUUGAGUACGACAUGGACUGCAUCUUCGAAAGCUUCAAUAUACCUCAUAGGAGCGUUAUACAGUCUUUGCACAAUUCCCCACCCCAGGAUGACGCGGAUAAGAUUUGGGAAGCUAGUAUGUUAGAUACGAUGCAUGUCUCGUUUCCCUUGGAUCCUCUAUACGGGCUGGAAAACAUUCCUAGCCUUCUUUAAGCACGGCAAUUAUAUCAAUCCGUAUCAUUCUAUAAAGUGAUUAUAUAUCGAGAACGCGGAACAAUGACAACCGAACAUGAUGCCAGGCGAUUACAAUUGGCAUG